AUGAAUCAGAACGUGUUUCGGAUUCCGGCGACGGUAUAUUACUGUCUAUGGCUUUUCUUCUCCGGCGUACGGAGCGGAUCUAUUGACGGAAUCGGGAAAGUCAGUGAUACUUACGAUGCGAUCUCGUUACUUGAAAAUCAAUUAACGACGGCGAAUCAACCACCACCGUCUCAGCUUCUCAUGGUUCCUCUCACAUUGAUUCAAAAAGCUGCCUCCAAUGGAGCUGUUUGUUUAGAUGGUACAUUACCUGGUUAUCAUCUACACCGUGGUUCUGGAUCAGGAGCUAACCGGUGGCUGAUUCUACUCGAGGGUGGAGGAUGGUGCAACACACGAAGGAGUUGUAUCUUUCGGAAAACAACUCGUCGUGGUUCAUCGAAAUAUAUGGAGAAAGUUUUGGCCUUUACUGGAAUCUUGAGUAAUAAAGCUAAUGAGAAUCCUGACUUUUUCAACUGGAAUAGAGUUAAAUUGCGUUACUGUGAUGGUGCCUCUUUCACUGGCGAUAGUCAGGACGAGAGUUCACAACUUUACUACCGAGGACAACGAAUCUGGCAAGCAGCUAUGGAAGAACUAUUGUCUAAAGGAAUGCAAAAAGCAGAGCAGGCUCUAUUGUCUGGAUGUUCAGCGGGAGGAUUAGCUUCGAUUCUGCAUUGCGAUCAGUUUAAGGAAGUAUUUCCGGGUACUACGAAAGUGAAAUGCUUAAGUGAUGCUGGAAUGUUUAUGGAUGCAGUGGAUGUCUCUGGUGGUCACUCGAUCCGGAAUAUGUUCAAAGGUGUUGUUACAAUACAGAACCUCCAAAAGGAACUGUCCACUACUUGUACAAAGCAUUUGGAUCCAACUUCGUGCUUCUUUCCUCAGAACUUGGUUUCAAACAUUAAGACUCCAAUGUUUCUUCUCAAUGCCGCUUACGACGCUUGGCAGGUACAAGAGAGCUUAGCUCCUCCAUCAGUUGACCUAAGCGGCUCUUGGAAUGCAUGCAAAUCAGAUCACUCACAUUGUAAUUCAACUCAAAUCCAAUUCUUCCAAGACUUCAGGACUCAAAUGGUGAACGCUGUAAAAUCUUUCUUGGCAUCUACACACAACGGUGUGUUCAUAAACUCGUGCUUCGCACACUGCCAAUCCGAAAGACAAGACACUUGGUUUGCACCAGAUUCUCCUCGUCUUCAUGGCAAGACUGUUGCUGAAUCUAUUGGUGAUUGGUACUUUGAACGAACAACAGUGAAAGCCAUUGAUUGUCCUUACCCUUGUGACAAAACAUGUCACAAUCUCAUCUUCAAGUGA